CCGAAACAGGAAGGCGUUCAAGAACAAACACCUCGGAUCGACUUACGUCUUAUCGUGUAGUAACAUUCCUCCAAAUCGCCUCGGAUCAUUAAAGCGAGCACGACAGCAGUUAUAAUCCGGGUCCUACACUUAUCGCUUCACCAUCGACUCUUUCUGUUGCGCGCACGACCAUGUCCUCUGACGCUCUCUUGACUCAGAUCUUAGCCCAGCUCAACGCACUUCAGGUCUCACAGCAGACCCUGCAGGCUAAGUUGGAUGCGUUUACCACUCUUGGAAGUCCACCGAGUCAUGGGACUCCUAUCACAGCGCACCAUGAUUCACCAACUUCUUCCACCUUGCUGUUAUCACCAUCCACUCCCUUGAGCAAGGUCCAUCUGGCUUCAGCUUCUCCGACGAGCACUCCUUCAGACUACGGUCUGAUCGAUAAAGAACGGGAGAAAGCUCUGUACCCAGGGAGAGUGCUUUUGACUACCCAUCCUGACCAGCAUGGCAUUAAACCUUUCCCUUUGCAAUGGGGUGCACCUGAUCCCUCCAUUCGGGGACCUGUAAUUUGUUCGCGUUUGCCUACGUCGGUCAAGCAACGCAAUGCGCUCGGCGCCCAUUCCGGAUCGUACUCAAUUUAUCGCGCCCUUGCUAUCGGCAUGGGGACUCUCAACCCCUCGCACAAACCCGAUUACUCAAUGACCGAGCCGCCCGUGCCCAUUCCUCCACAGCCUGCAUGGUCAGAUCCACACAAGAUUGUUUCGUUUGAUCCUUGGGGGCACCUUGUGCCUCAGAUAUUUAAGAAGGAGGUCGACGAACUUGGACUCGAUGUUCGUCCUAGUAUAGCAGUCACGAAGGCGCACAUCAAACUCAGUGAAAUCGACGAGACUGCGAGGAAAGGCGAGCUUGCAGUGGACGGCAAAAUUGUGUUAGCCACGCGUCCUCUGCGGAAUGUUGAUGGAACGGAGAGUGACGCUUAUUCUGGUGUCGAAAUCACCACCAGUAAAGCUGCCGUUGAGCCAGUAUGGUAUCUACCUGGCGUCGCUGAACGUUUUGGGAUAUCCGAGAGCCUCCUUCGCCGUGCUCUUUUCGAAGACACUGGAGGAAUGUACCCUGAAUUGAUUACCCGCCCAGACAUCAAGGUCUUCCUCCCUCCCAUCGGCAAUCUGACAGUCUAUAUCUUCGGAAACCCUGCCUUCCUGGCCGACGAGUCCAAGGAACUGACCUUGCGUGUUCAUGAUGAGUGCAAUGGUUCUGAUGUCUUCGGAUCCGAUAUCUGCACCUGCAAGCCUUAUCUCGUCUUCGCGAUCGAAGAGUGUAUCCGUUGCGCUCAGAGAGGCGGAGUCGGCCUCGUAGUGUACUUCCGCAAAGAGGGCAGAGCACUCGGUGAAGUGACAAAGUACUUGGUCUAUAAUCUCCGGAAACGCGGUGGCGACUCUGCCGACAAGUACUUCAAGUCCACGGAGCUUAUCGCCGGCGUGAAGGACAUGCGGUUCCAGGCACUCAUGCCUGAUGUGCUGCACUGGCUCGGUAUCAAGAAGAUCGAUAACAUGGUGUCCAUGAGCGAUAUGAAAUACAAUGCGAUCGUCCAAUCAGGAAUUCCGAUUUUGAAGCGGUAUGAUCUACCAGAGCAUCUCAUCCCACCGGAUUCGCGUGUCGAAAUCGAUGCCAAAAUUGCAGCAGGAUACUUCACUAGUGGGAAGCCAAUCACCGAGCAAGACUUAGUCAAGACGGUCGGUAGGACUUGGGAGGAAACAGAACAUUAGAUCUAGAUAACCGGAGGGCCCAUGUAUUUUCAUCAAACUUCUUUGUACUUUACGUUUCGUUGUACCAUAAAAGAUGUAAAGUCUCGA